AUGGGCUGGUUUUGGGCGUCGACAACGCCAGCUGUAAAGCAGCCUGAAAUUCCCACACCAUCACCCAGUGAUGCCGCACCUUCCCGAUGCCCAGUACAGCAUGGCCAAUCCAUGAACAUUAAUGCCACAGCUACGUCAGAAGGCUCAUGCCCAGUUCGAGCCAAAGAUUCACCAUUCUACGUUCCUCCUUCGAACUCCGCAAGACUGGAAGAUGCAACACCUUCAGCCCCUGAGCCUGAGCAAAAAUCCAUUCUCUCAAAGUUGAAUCCAUUAAACUACAUGUUUGCCGAUAUAUCUCAAACCCGAGCACCAAAUCAAACAGUCGAUUUGUCCGUGGAACGAGAACCAUCGUCAAUUCCACGCGGUGACAACUCCGGCGCAAAAUGGGAAUACCCUUCUCCUCAACAGAUGUACAACGCGAUGCUCCGGAAGGGAUACACAGAUACACCACAGGAUGCAGUCGAGUCCAUGGUGUCGGUGCAUAACUUCCUUAAUGAAGGUGCAUGGCAGGAGAUUGUUGAUUGGGAACGUACAUUUUCCCAAGGCCUAGCCCAAGGCUGGCAAAAAUGUAGGCGUGGGUCAGAAAAUCUAGCCAUGGACCUGGAGCGGGAAAGGAUGAGGGCUGAGGCUAGCGGUGAAAUCGAGGAUUUGCCGCGUUUGGCUAGAUUCAUGGGUCGACCGCAGGAACUAACCCCAAAAGCUCAGUUUUUUCAACUGAUGGGUAGAGUGUACCCUUCUAAGUUCGGCACUGCUCCUCCGUUCGACAGACAUGACUGGUAUGUUCUGCGCAAAACUCCACACGGCGAUAAGGAAAUUCGAUACGUGAUUGACUAUUAUUCUGGGCCGCCUGAGCCUACGGGAGAGCCGGUAUUUUUCCUUGACAUUCGCCCGGCUGUAGAUACCCCAACAGCAGCGGCUGAACGGCUCUUGAAAUGGGGAGGGGAUGUCUGGUGGCGUGCCAGCGGUGGAGCUGCCAGAGAAAAUCAAUAG